AUGCUUUUGGGAGUUAUGAAAGUUGUACAGUCACAAAGCACAUUAACAAAGUUCACCCGGAACACCGUAAAACUGUCCCGAUUUCCAACCUGGAACGUUGCUCAAUCGGAUCGCCAGCGCCACGUGUAUCAUCGUCAUUUAAAACGGCAGCGUAUUUUCGAAUGUCCACUUUGUACGUUCGCCUCUAACUACGAUAUCCAUCGCGUAAAAUGGCACAUCAAAUGGAUGCACAAGGAAGAUCCGAACCGCGAGCCAUAUUCACAUGAGGAUGAUUGCAGAGAUGAAAUUGAUCGACUUAACGAGCAGUGUUUCCCCGGCUGGCAGCAUAGACGAAAACAGUUUUGGUGGCUGGAUCCUUCCGAUGUAACCGAGAAGCCAAAAAAUACACAGCUUUGCAAAAAAGAAUUCAAGCCAUCAUCAAAUUUCCUGCGUCAUGUGGCCAAAGAUCAUCUCAAAAUUCCGCUAUAUCAGUGUCCAAUCUGUGAAGGUCAUGGUGGUCAAGAUGCUUAUGAAAUUCGUGCGCAUAUGCAGAAGGUACAUGGUGAGUGUACACAGGAACCGGUGUCGAAUGUGGAAGAGCAUGCUGAAGAAGUGCAAAGAGUAUAUCAACAAUGUUUUCCGGGACGUAAGCUAAAAGUUAGCCAAAUUUUUAUGCCGAAUCUGUUGCCUGAGAAAAAGAUAAACCAAGACGGGAGAGCAUCCACUGACCUCAAGGUGCAGUGCCGUGAAUGUGGACAAGAAAUGAAAACUGAAGAUCGACAGCAAUUAUCGUCCGCCGUUUUGCAGAUCCAUGUAUACAGACACCACCUCAAAGAGCCCCGUCUUUACGAAUGUCCUGCCUGUGAAUUCGCCCACCACGCCUGCUCAUCGGACGUAAAAGCUCAUAUCAAGUACGCGCAUAGGGACAACGCGGAUUUGGUCCCGAAGGCAAAUUUGAUGAAAUUCUCAAAAGAAAUUGCUGAAUGGAACUUACGCUGUUUUCCUGGGUGGAUUAAUCGCCGACUGCCCACGUCUGUGUUCGAAGAUUUCCAAAGAAAAUACCCGAUGAGGAGAACCAUCUACAGUUCUGCAAUUUUAGAGUACUAA